UCCUCCAAAAAAAAAAUUAAAAAAGAAAAGAAAAGAAAAGAAGAGAAGACAUGAGGCCGACACCAAACCAAACAGCACCAAGAAUAAACAUAUGGAACUCGCCAGUUCCGUACCUCUUCGGCGGUCUCUCUGUGGUUCUUCUGCUCAUCGCCCUGUCUCUGUUCUUAUUGGUUUGUUCGCAUAGAAUCUCUUCUUCUUCUGUUGACAACGGCAAUACCAACCAGAACAACGAUGGCGAAGAUGUUCAAGAAAGAGAGGCAAAAUCCGGCGGCGGAGAUGGGUUUUUGACGGCGGAGGUGCCCAAGAUCGUCGUGAUUUUGGCCGGAGACGCGAAGCCGUCGUGCUUGGCUUAUCCGGUGAUGGCGGAUUCGUCGUCCAUUUGUCGCUGCAACUCUUAACGAUCAUAAUCUUUUAAGAUCAUCAAGACAUGUUUUUUUUUUUUUUUUUUUUUUUUUCA